AUGAAGGAUAUCGUGGCGAAGAAGAAACACUCCCGCUUCUUACCCAUAGGUGAAUGCACAGUUAAGGAAGGAUUACUGUACUAUCAGGGCCUACUAUACAUCCCUGACGACGCCGCUAUCAAGUUGGAGAUCCUCCGCACCCACCAUGACGCACCUUCGGCCGGACACCCAGGACGGGCACGCACGCUGGAACUACUGUCCCGGAACUUCUACUGGCCCCAAAUGCGGAAGUACGUCGCCCGUUAUGUGGACCACUGCGAUACCUGCUCCCGAAUUAAGCCGGCCCGACACGCCCCGUAUGGUCUCCUCAAACCACUGGCUCCCCCAGUCAAACCUUGGUCUUCGUUAUCCAUGGACCAUGUUACAGGCCUACCGAGUCCCAAGGAUCUAACGCCAUCUUAG